AUGGCCAGCAGAAGGAUAUGCCUGGUUCUGGGACUUCUGGUGUGUGUGGGGGCUGAGUUGGGCACCGAAGGCAAAGAAGAAGAGGAAGGAGAGGAGACCUGCAGGCUGCUGGGCAAGUUUGAUUUGAAUGGCUAUGUGGAUGCCCAAAACCGUUCUGUCAUUAUUGGAGGUCUGUUUCCUAUUCACUCCAGGACCAUCCCGGAAAACGAGUCUAAUUUCGAGGCAGUAUCUGCCAAAUGCGAAGGGUUCAACUUCCGGGGAUUCCGCUGGAUGAAAACCAUGAUCCACACGAUCCAGGAGAUCAAUGAGAGGAAGGACAUUUUGCCCCACCACACUCUGGGCUAUCAGAUCUUUGAUUCCUGUUUCACUGUGUCCAAAGCAAUGGAGUCCGUUAUGGUUUUCCUCAUGGGGCAGGAAGAAAACAAACCCAACUUGAGAAACAGCACUGGGUCCUAUCUGAUAGGAAUUGUUGGAUCAGGAAGCUCAGCCUUAUCGAUCGCCACUUCAAGACUUCUAAGUUUAUACGGAUUACCUCAGGUAGGUUAUGCCUCUACCGCCACACUUCUGGGUGAUCCAGUACAGUUUUCAACUUAUAUGCGCACAAUAGCAAGUGACAAAAUCCAGUCCCAGGCCAUGGUGAAACUUAUUCAGCACUUUGGCUGGGUGUGGGUGGGCACUAUCGCAUCAGAUGAUGAUUAUGGAAAAUAUGGAGUAAAACAGUUGAAGGAAAACUUAGAGGCACUCAAAGUCUGCGUCGCGUUCUCUGAAACCAUCCCCAAAGUCUAUUCCAAUGAGAAAAUGCAAAAGGCUGUCAAUGCGAUUAAAGACUCCUCUGCCAAAGUCAUUGUGCUUUAUGCCUCUGACCUGGACCUCAGUCCCUUUGUGCUGGAGAUGGUGCACCACAACAUAACUGACAGGACGUGGAUAGCAAGCGAAGCGUGGAUUACCUCGGCCCUCAUGGCAAAGCCGGAAUACUUCCCCUAUUUUGGUGGCAGCAUUGGGUUUGCAGUACCAAGAAGUGACAUCCCAGGGUUGAGAGAAUUCCUCUAUGACGUGCAUCCCAGCAAGGAUCCAGAUAACGCCCUGACGAUUGAAUUCUGGCAGACAGCAUUUAACUGUACUUGGCCCAACAGCAGCGUGCCUUACAAUCUGGACCACCGAGUGAAUAUGACCGGGAAAGAGGACCGCCUGGAGGCCAUGUCUGAUCGGUUGUGUACUGGGGAGGAGAGGCUGGAAGAGCUUAAUAAUACCUACCUGGAUGUGUCUCAGCUGAGAAUUACAAACAAUGUCAGACAAGCUGUGUAUGCUCUGGCUUAUGCCCUGGAUGAGCUCAGCAGAUGUGGGGGAAAACUGUCACCAUCGUCUCCCAGUAGAUGUAAACAUUUAGAAAACUCUGAAGCCUGGAAUCUUCUCAUCAAUAUGUUUUAUAUGGAGUUCACAACUCAUGAUGGAAGAAAAAUGAAAUAUGUUGGUGAUGGAGAUAUCACAUCUGGAUACUAUGAUAUUCUAAAUUGGCAAUUAGAAGACAGCGGGGAAGUUGCUUUUGUGAAGGUCGGAGAGUAUAAAUUCAGCUACUUUAAACAGGAACUCAUUCUCCCAAGGAAGUCGACCAUAUUUUGGAACACUGAGUCAUCAAAGAUCCCCCAUUCCGUGUGCACCGAUCUGUGUCUCCCAGGGUCUCGGAAGGUAGUGCAGUAUGGGAAAGCGAUCUGCUGCUUUGCCUGUGUCCCAUGUGCUGAUGGAUACGUAUCCGAGAAACCAGGGGAGAGGGAGUGCACGCAGUGUGGGGAGGACUACUGGUCCAACGCAGACAAGAGCAAGUGCGUGCUCAGAGAGGUGGAAUUCCUCGCGUACGACGAGGCCCUGGGCUUCACCCUGGUCCUUCUGUCCGUCCUGGGGGCCCUGGCGGUGCUGGCGGUCACCGUGGUGUAUGUGCUGUACAGGCGCACUCCCCUGGUGCAGGCCAACGACCGGGAGCUGAGCUUCCUCAUCCAGGUCGCGCUCCUCAUCACCGUGCUGUCCUCUCUGCUCUUCAUCGGCAAGCCCUACCAAUGGUCCUGCAGGGCCCGGCAGGUCACCCUGGCCCUGGGCUUCGCGCUUUGCCUCUCCUCCAUUCUCGGAAAGACCAUCUCGCUCUUCCUGGCCUACAGGAUUUCUGUCUCCAAGACUCGGCUUCUCUCCAUGCACCCCGUGAUCCGCAAGCUCAUCGUGUUCCUGUCUAUGCUGGUGGAGCUCGGCCUGUGCAUCGCCUACUUGCUGCUGAGGCCCCCGAGGGUGUACAAGAACAUGGAGUCUCAGGUGAUCAAGAUCAUUCUGGAGUGCAACGAGGGUUCUAUCGAGUUUUUGUGCGUCGUGUUUGGCAUCGACGUCUUGCUGGCCUUCCUGUGCUUUCUCACCAGCUUUGUGGCUCGCCAGUUGCCAGAUAAUUAUUACGAAGGCAAAUGCAUCACUUUUGGGAUGCUGGCCUUUUUCAUCAUCUGGAUCUCUUUUGUCCCCGCCUACUUGAGCACCAAAGGCAAAUUCAAAGUGGCUGUGGAAAUCUUUGCCAUCUUGGCAUCCAGCUACGGUUUGUUGGGCUGUAUAUUUGCUCCCAAGUGCUUCAUUAUUUUGCUGAGGCCGAAGAGGAACACGGCUGAGACAGUUGGGGGAAGAGUGCCCACUGUGGAUAAGAGCAUCCAGCUGACUUCGGCUUCUGUGAGCAGUGAGCGGAACGACACCACCGUGUCCACAGUUCUGGAUGACUAG